UCAUCCUCGCUCCUCGCCAAGCAUACGAAUCAGUGACCAAUUGGUGCGCCACAUCACGUCCUGUGUCCACCAUAAUCCCCCCUCUACUACCGUCUCAUCGAUCAAAUCCACCUUCGAACCGUCAAAUCCAACCGCCCACCAUGCAUCUGAUGUACACCCUCGACGCCAGCGGCAACCGCCUCUACACCCUCAAGAAGGUCGCCCACGGCCAGGUCACCAAGUCUGCGCACCCUGCGCGCUUCUCGCCCGAUGACAAGUGGUCUCGCCAGCGUGUUACGCUGAAGCGCAGAUUUGCUCUGCUCCUGACCCAGCAGAAGGCUGAGGCUAUGUAAAUCUGCGGCAUUGAAAUGCCAUCGAGGCAAUCAGCAAGCCAUAGGCAACUCGCUUGAGAGAGAGCCCAUAAUGAGCACAUCUUCUUUUGAAGCAACUUCAAUCACCGACAACACUCUCUACGGCUUCCAACAAGAGAUGAACGGGCUUUGAUAGAAUACGCGGGCGAGCACUGGAGCAGGAGGAACUGCACGACAAGAGACUGCCUCGGAAGUUGCAGGCAAGUCUGGCAAAGAAGAGCUUUUUUCGACUGAAUGGAGGGGGGAGGCAGUUCGGGGAAAAAAAAAAAAAAAAAAAAAA